AACCACAGAAGAAGAGCUUCCGCGGGACUGACAGCCGCCGCUCGCUCCCGGUGGUUUAGCUGCUAGUAGCUCCGUGUUUGGACCGCCUCCGCUUGAAUGGUGUAACGGCGGAAACCGAAACUCAACUGGGAUGUGUGCGUGAGACUGCUUUGGGCUCAACAUCGCCGGGGGAGAGACACAAAGUCUGUUGGACACAGGUGAAGGUAAGUAGGUCGGGCAGGUUAGAGGCUGAGUGAGAAGGACAGAGGCCAUGGAGCAGCAGAGGCAGAGGGCUCUCUCCACGUCGGGAGAAUCCCUUUACGCUGUACUGGGAGUAGACAAGAACGCCACGACAGAGGACAUCAAAAAAUGUUACAGGAAGUUGGCGUUGAAGUUUCACCCAGACAAAAACCCCGACAACCCAGAGGCAGCCGAAAAAUUUAAGGAGAUCAACAACGCUCACUCCAUCCUGGUUGACGCGACCAAGAAGAAUAUUUACGACAAAUACGGCUCGCUGGGGCUGUACGUGGCCGAGCAGUUCGGGGAGGAGAACGUCAACACCUACUUCGUCCUGUCCAGCUGGUGGGCGAAGGCCUUGUUUGUCUUCUGCUGUCUGUCCACCGGCUGCUACUUCUGCUGUUGCCUGUGCUGCUGCUGUAACUGCUGCUGCGGCAAGUGUAAACCUCGGCCACCCAUGGACCAGGAGCCUGAGUUCUACGUGUCCCCUGAGGACCUGGAGGCCCAGAUGACUGCAGAUGAGCGAGAUGGCAGCGACCCCAUCAUGACGCAGCCGUCCUCCGCCACAGAAACCACCCAGCUCACGUCGGACGCCCACCACAGCUACCGGACCGAGGCGUACUAACCACACACACACACACACACACACUUUCGACCGUCACCCUCUCCAGAGCCGCGUCUCCAGCCAGUGGAGGAAUUGAUUUUAGGGAACACGCUACCUUCAGUACGGCCGAACCUUCUUUUUCUGAUGGACCGGACGCUGGAGUUCUGGAGCGCUCUGGAGUUUUUACUUUCGGCAAGUCUUGGAGGAAGCAAGUGUUUUGGGAAUGAUAUGCACCGAAUGAUCAAGUUUAGUUUUAUAUACAUCAUCAAGGUCACACUUCAAGAGUUCCCCUGCAGUCACGGUCGCCACCUUGACUGGCAGUAGUGGGACUAGUCUGAUGCAAAUCUGCAUUAUUUAAACAAUAGUAUUUCCUCUGAAUAAGUACUCGAGGAUGGCUCAUUGGAGACGUGGUCUUCAGAAUCCAGUCUUCCACAGGAUGAUGCUGGAGACCCUCACCAGUCACGUCCUCCACUCACGCUCGUUCCUCUUCACUUUCUUCCUCCAUGAACUCCAUGUUUUCCUCGAGAGCCGCGCGGCGUCUCACCUGUGGCCGUCACGCCACCAGUGUUUUUAAACAUCAAUCACAGUCUGAGCCUCCGUUCUUUUGUCGAUAGUUUUUGUUUUGUGAAUGCUUUACAUGUGGUGCGAAAUUGUUUGCUUAGAUUUGAUGUCACCUGUUGAGUUUUAAGAUGUAAACACAGUUUGUAGAUUUCAAGUUGUAAGUUUCUUUUAUUUAUGUUGUUCAGGAAGGGACGCCGUCGUCCUCAGUUUCCAAGUGUGUGUGACUGGAUACAUGACGCCACGUUUUGUUGGGACCCACAGAACCCAAAUUCAGUCCGUAUGUUUCGUACAUAUCAUGAGAACCGUGCAAUACAAGCAGACAGAACUGCAUUUGAGUUCAUUGGGAUGAAUAAUUCUCUGACUUUUAACUGAUGCGAACCUGAAUUCCCUGUCAUGGUUCAGUCAGAAUUCAUGUUUGGAAACGAUGGCAUAAAUAAAAGGAGCCUUGCCCGUGCAAAUAGAGUAAUCAGAUGGUUUUGAUUGACUUUAUUUAUUUUACUUCUUUCUAGUUUUAUUUAAGAAAUCGGCUAGAUUGUCCUUAAGACGUGUCGUGGUUCAGUCACGGACUGGUCAACCUGUUGUGUCAACAACAAGCAGCAGCAGUGCAACUAAAGAUGUAGAGGUUUUUAGUGUGGAAUGAACCAUGUGUGCGACCUGUGAGACACACGAAUGAUUGUUGAAGUCUGUUGUAAAAUAAAUGUUUCUAAUGAUUAAAGCCA